CCCCUCAUUCCCAAACACCAGGCUAGCGCUGCAUGGAUAUCCGCGCCAAGCUCUUUGGGGAAGUGGAGGGCUUGGCCCGACUCGAUGCCGGGUCGUGCUUGGCGAGUGGUCAAACUACGGAGAACAGUGGCGUGUUUGUGCUUCAUUGAGCCUCUUGUUCUCGAAUUUUGGUUCGCUUCAUGCCGUGAUUGCCACCUCCUCCUGACGGUUGAGGUAGGAGAAAGGGAAAAGGGAAAAAAAGGAAAAGGGGUGAACAAAAAGCAAGCUCAGCAACCGCUCACGCCCUCAUCGGCUUCCACCGCCCCGAGGCUGCCACACUCUUCAGUUCGCCCUGCUCACUCAACCUCGGCUUCUUUUUCCGUUUUCUUUUUCGACCCCAGGAACGUUACCAAAUUGUACGAUAAACCACUCGCCAAGUCCCGAAUACGUUUCAUGCCGGUAGAUGCUCGCCAGGCCGGCUCCCCUGGUUAGUUGCAGCGAAGUCAGGAACCAUCUUCAGACCAUCUCCAGAGUCAUCACGUAGACAAGUCCAUGUUGCCCUACAACAUCUAGCUCUCG